CUAUUUUCUUCCGUUUUGCUAACACACACCAAGAAAUUUUUGGUUUCCAGAAGGAUGGAUUCAGGGGAAUAUAUUCUCUCAAUUCAGCUCAUAUUGUCGCUUCCUAUCAGAUUAUUGUGGGUUCGAAUUUGUUGACGACUUACUUACAUGAAGAGAUUAAAAGACUGCACAAUCUUGUCUGUAGACUAACUACAGUUUGUAGAUGUAAGGAAUCAAAGGAUGGGAUACAUGGAAAAAAGGUUCAUCCAAGUAUCGGCGUCUCUUGGUAUAAUGACAGAUGAGAGAGAUGAACUGAAACAAGCUUUCCUUCAGGUCUCAAGGUCACUUAGUAGAAUGGCGGAAGAAAGGGAUCAGCUGAAUCAAGCUCAUAUUGAAGAAAUGAGAAAUAUGCAGAGGAUUGUCUAUGAGAACGAGACACUUAUGAGGGACUUAGAGACUCACCUUAAAGAACUCGAGCAGCAACGUAAGGAAAUCGACAAGCGUGAGGCCCAAUUGGAUCUCAAAAGCAAGCAACUUUCUCUUUUAAGCGAAGAGGUUACAAGAAAGCUACGUACUGUACAAGAGAAUUUAGAAGGAGAGAAAGAUGCGAGUGCUGGAGAAAAUGUUCAAGUCUCAACAGAGGUGGAUGAUAUGCGCAAAAGACUGGAAGAGAAAGAUUAUGAGUUGGAUAGUUUGAUUAACCUCAAUAACACCCUUAUCAAAAAAGAGCGCAGAAGUAACCACGAGCUACAGGAGGCACGCAAAGUUUUGAUCGAGGGUUUAGAUGGGUUUGCAAAUAAUGGUACGCGUCCUCCUGCAAUUGGGAUCAAACGGGUGGGGGAGCUGAAUGACAAACCAUUUCGAGAUAUUUGCAUCAAGAAGUUCUCGACUACAGAAUGGGAAACAAAAUCUGUUGAGCUAUGCUCAUUGUGGCAAAAUAAAAUACAAGAUUCAGGGUGGUAUCCUUAUAAGCAUGUGACGGUCGAUAAAAACGUCAUGAAGUUAUAAAUGAAGAUGAUAAAAAGUUGAGAGAGCUGAAAGAUGAAUGGGGCAAGGAAGUAUAUGAUGCUGUAGCUACUGCUUCACUGGAGAUGAAUGAGUACAAUGCAAGUGGAAGAUAUCCAGUUCGGGAGCUUUGGAAUUUCAAGGAAGGAAGGCAAGCCAGCUUAAAGGAAGUAAUGGAAUAUGUCCUGAAAAAAUUGAAAGCUCUUAUAGUUGCUAAGCGUCGAAGAUAAAGCUCACGACUAGGAAAACUUGUGCUUGUAUGGAUUCCCUACUUAACAAUGGGAGGCCAAUUAACCUGCUGACGGGUCCCUCCAGAGCUUCCAGAGCCUGCAAUGUGUAUCAACUAUGGUAGAGAUGGGGUGCAAGAAAAAGACUGGUUAUCUCUGUUGUGGUUCACAGUGAUGCGUGGUUACUUGCAGUUGCAUUUUAUUUUGGUGCCAGAUCUGGAUUUGACAUUUGAGAAAAACGAUAGGAAAUUAUUAAUGAAUUGGGAGGAAGUAUAUGAUGCUGCAGCUACUGCUUCACUUGUGAUGAAUCAAUACAAUGCCAGCGAAAGAUAUCUAGUCCGUGAGCUUCGGAAUUUCAGGGAAGGAAGGCCAGCUUAAAGGAAGUAAUGUAGUACGUCCUUCAUUUGAAAGCUCUUAAAAUUGUUAAACAUCGAAGAUUCUAGCUAAGAAAAGGAAAACUUGUGCUUGUGUGGAUUUCCUACUUAACAAUGGGAAGUCAAUUUACCUCCUGAAGAGGUCCCUCCAGAGCUUCCAGAGCCUGCACUGGGUAUCAACUGUGCUAGAGACGGAAAUCAUGGCUAUCUCUGGUUGAGGUUCACAGUGAUGCGUGGUUACUUGUAGUCACAUUUUUAUUUUGGUGCCAGAUUUGGAUGCGAUAGAAACAAUAGGGAGGUGUCAUAGCCGUGGUACUGUGAUUUGGAGCGACAUUACUUUAUCUUGGAGUUGACUGGUUGAGUUUGCAAGUCAACCCUUUUGGCAACUAAAGCAAUGGGUGUCUGAACCUCAACAUAAGUUUACCAAGCCACUGCCGGCGCCCAAGGAUGAUGAAGUAGGAUCUCUGGACAAAGAGGAGGAUGAAGAUGGAUACCCUCUAUGCUGGGAAUGUGAGGAGAACUAUGCGUCAGAUGAGUUUUGGAUCUGCCAUGACAUGUUUUUUUUCCUUUUUUAAUUUUCCAAACCAAUUUUAUUAAAUCAAUUUUCCAC